CAUGUGUGCACACACACACACACACACACACACACACACACACACACAUACAAUGUCAGGCGUGCCAAGAAAAACAGGGGUGGACUAGUUCCUUAACCACUCAGCUCUCAGACUUUGUGAAGACAGAGCCUCAGACUGACACAUCAGGUCACUGACCAGCCUCGAAGGUUACAUCUGCACCUCUCAUCACUGCCCACCAUGCUCCUGUACCUGCUCUUUCCAGCCUUAAUCUUCGGUAUUGUGGAAUCGCAAACAGGCAACGUGACAGACGAAGAGCUGGGCACAUUUAAGGAGAAACUGGGUCAGCUGGGCAACCAGACAUUCAAUGUAUCCAUCAAGGAUGACAGUAGCAUGAAACCAGACGUGACAUCCCCGUUGUACAAGGAUGAGCUGAGUGAACUUAAGGGUGAACUGGGGCUUCCAGUGAAUGAAACAGUUGAUGUAAUCACCGAGAAUGAUGAGUGUUUUCAGGACCAGGAGCAGUACCGUCCACGCAUGCAUUGCAAUGAGAGCUUGCUGGUGGAGUACAGUCACAAAUUCUGUGGUGCAGCAUUUCAUAACAGUAUGCAGACUAUCAGCACAGAAAACUGGUGUGAUCUGAAUUAUAUCAUCCGCCCAUACAACGACAUGACAUUAUGCAUGGAGGAGCUGUCGGGUUUGGUAGAGUGCUAUUACCCAAACCCCAAUGUUCAAGACUUCUUCCUAGACAUCCACUCCCAGUAUUUCCAAAACUGUUCUGAGGAAGAGCUGCUGCUGUUGGACCCACCGCACGAGGUGGUGGUCAUCCUCACUCUCAUCCCCGUAAGCCUCAUCCCUGUCUUGGUGUUCCUGGUGGUUUGGAAAAGUAAAGUCCGUGAGUGACUUCUGUGAUGUGACGUCAAAAUAUACAGCAGGAUUAAAGCCAUAUCAUAUGAAUUUUGAGAUGUAAUGGAUGGUAAACCCAGUUCAUCCACAGUCCACCUGCACACUAAUACAUUCAAUUUUGUACUCAGAAAAAGAGAAGGAGAAACAGAGGGGUACUAGAUAGAUAGAUAGAUAGACAGAUAGACAAAUAGAUAUAUAUUUUGAGUUAAAUAUAUGGAAGGAAGAGGGACUAGAGGGAGGAUGGGGUCACCAAAGUUAAUAAGUAUCAUCAUCUAGCCAGUAUCAAUGUUGCAACCAAAUUUCAGGUCAAUGCAAAAAGAGAUACUAGAGAAUUAUGAAUUCCUGUGGGUGAUAGGGACAGUAGUCCCAGUUUUGUAUUUAAACAAUAAAAAUGCAUCUUAUUAUGCUUAAUGGUAAUUCAACGGCUGGGUGGAUUACGUCUUUGUUGAAUCAAAUUGCCUCGUUGACAGAUACUGUAAGGUAAGGUAAAGUAAUACUCAUAAUGCAUGCACUUGUCCUGAGUAUGAACCUUACAGUAUAUGUAAUGGCAUUAAAUUUAAUAUGCUACUGUUAAUGUUAAUGAGGAUCUUUUUUUUUUAUUGUUGUGUAUACAAAAUCAAUCUUUUUUUUUUUACAGCUUUAUAAC